AUGAGGUUUGCCCUCCUAGCCCUUCUGGGUGUGGCCCUCGCCGUCCACCAUUCACUGGACUUGUUUCCUCUGAAGCCACGGAAUGAGUACGUCUUCCGAUUUGAAGGCGAUGUCCACUCUGGAAUCCCGCUCCCAACUGACACUACCGUUUCUCGCAUCCAUGCUAUGGUCCAUGUCCAGAUCCGUGACGAUCACCAUGCUAUUCUCAAGCUGAGAGAUGUUCGCUUCGCCACUGGAGAAGACGAUCGCAAGGAGCUUUUCAAGCCGAUUGACGAUUUGAAGAUGCGCACCAUCUCGAGGGAACACAUGGAACUUCUUGAGAUGCCCGUUCGUUUCGUCUACAAGAGCGGCAUGGUUUCGGAUUUGAUCUUCUCCGACAAGGACGAAACCUGGUCAACUAAUGUGAAGCGCUCCGUCAUCAACAUGCUCCAGCUCAACCUCCACAAGACUGGACGCACUGAUGAGCCAAAGAUGGAGAUAUACGAGGUUGAACGCGACAAUGACUAUUUCACAGUCAACGAGAGAACUAUUGAAGGAGACUGCGACGUUGCUUACACCGUUCUCAAGAAGAACGACUUCGUCACUGAGAAUGCAAAGAGAAGGAUAUCCUUGAGCCAAGCACUGUCUACACCUACCUUCAUUGAAAAGGAUGAACUCAAGAAGGUUGAAGUCCGCUCUCAGUAUACCAUCACUAUCAACAACGAGGCGAUCAUGAAGACCGAGAUUUGCACCAGACUGAUCCUGGAAGACGUCAAGAAAAUCAGGCGAGAGUUUGAAUGGGUUAACGGCAAGAAGGAGACGCUGAUCUACAACAACGAAGUUGAGAAGCAGAUUGAACGCUUCUUCAUGUAUGGAGAUGACGCUGAGGUUCUGCCUUAUGAACCUGUCAAGGACAAGAUGGAAGCCAUCAGCACUGUCAUCGAUGAGAUGAAGAAAAUGAAGGAGAACAAGCACGAGACCACUCACCUCCUUUCUCGCCUCGUUUCUUUGUUCCGCAUGCUUUCCUUGGAUGAGCUGUCUAACCUUCACACUGAGAUCUACAUGAACGAUUGUGCACCUGCUCAAGAUUAUCCAGGAGACGCCCAUACCCAUCGCCGAAUAUCGUCGACGAACUUGUCCGCUUCACCGAAACCGACGUUGUUCAGCGCUCUCCUGUCGUCCGCCAAACUAUUUGGCUUACCAUUGGAUCUGUUAUGCGAGGAGUUGUUCGGAAGAACCAUGGACAAAACUUUUGUUAAGGAAGAUCGUCGUGAAUUGAAGCGCAGGUAUCUUGACAUCAUGAUGAAGGUGUACGAGAAGGCUGACACCAUCUACGAAAAGGUGCUCAUUCUCAAGUCUCUGGCUAACGCGGGAAUCGACCUGUCAGUCUACGAGUUAGAGAAGAUCAUUCUGAAUAAGCGUGAGGAGUUGCCUGUCCGCAUGGAAGCUAUUGAUGCUCUGCGUCUUCUGAAGGACGUGAUGCCACGCAAGAUCCAAUCCAUUCUCAUGCCGAUCAUUUCGACCAUGGAGCGUGAGCCAAACCAGCAGGUUGCUGCUUUCACCUAUGACCUGCUACACUCAUUUGUUAAGUCGACUCACGUCUGUUAUAAGAAGCUGGCCGCCGAAAUUCUUCCACUCCUGACCAUGACUCGCUACCAGCGAAGAGAACGUGGCUUUACUAGCACUUACAAGUAUCUGCCCUUGUUCAAGGAAGAGAUCAUGACCGGUGUCAACGUUGAUUUUGCCACCAUCUUCGGAAAGAAUACUGUCUGGCCCAAGGAGUUGAUGGUCAAGCUUGACACGGUUCUCUCAGGAAUGUGGAGCAAGUACUUCUUCCAGUUCGGAAUCAGUCAGCAGAACAUCGAGAAGAUCUUGAACAAGUUGACCCAGAAGUUGAUGAAGAUGGAAAAGACCACGAACACUGUGGUGCGCGGACGCCGCAUUCGCGAAUCACUGACCCUUCUGAAGGACAUCGCCAAGAAGCUUGACAUUCGACCACGUGUCGUUGAUGACAGAACUCCAUACGCCAUGCUCUACAUCCGCCGUAAGGACAUGGACUACGCUGUUCUCCCGAUUGACGAGAAGAUCAUCGAUGAGCUGGUUGAAAAGUUCAUCAGAAAUGGAAGACUCGAGAGAACAGAAAUUGAUCGCUUCUUCAACCGCGAACGUGAGUUCCAGCUUAACGGCUUCACAUUCCUUCAUGAGGUCAUCAGGAAGACCCCGACCACCCUUGGUCUGCCUCUCAUCAUGAAGUGCAAACUGCCGACUGUCGUGUCUGCUGAAGGAGAGUUCACCGUGGAAAUGAUACCAACUGGGCUCCGUUUCCGUCUCAACACUGUGCCGUCAAUUGUUACCACCCAGCUUUGCGAGAUGCGCCUGUGGAAUCCACUCCUCGAACAGGGAGUGAGAAUCAUGCGAUCUCUUGAGGCUCAUCUCCCUAUCGACGUUGACAUGGAAAUCAAUUACAGAAAUGGAUUUGAAAUUACAAAGACGUUCAACAUCCCUACUGAGGAGAAGACUCUUGUGCGUUACACCUCGCGACCAAUGACCUUCUUCCGAUUCCUCAGCGGACAGAAGUCGUUUGGUGAGACGGAAUUGAGAACCAUUGUCCUGCCCAAGUGGAGGCAACUCAACACCGAGAAGGAAAUGGUGUACAACAUCUGGGGACUGAAGACUGUUCUUCGUGGAAACUGGCUCCGUAACUGGAAUAUGCGCAACCUCCUUCUCGGUGAGCAUGACUGGGAAUUCAUUGUAAUUCCAACCCGUGAGGCACCGAAGAAGAUCCGCCUCUUCUUGAACAGUGAAAGAAUUGAGAAGGUCCGCCUUGACAAAGUCGACUUCACUCACCUCGUCGAGAAAGAAUUUGAAGUUGAGAAAAACGAGUAUGAGUCCUACGAAGAGAGAGAUCGUCGCGAGAACUUCCACAGACACCUUCGCGACAUCGAGAGGAGGGACGGCCACAGACACCGUCUGCUUAUGAAAAUCGAAGCCGUUGACUCGAAUGUGGAGCAGUACGGAAAUGUUGAAAUCACUACUAUUUGCGACGAAGAACUCCGCUACUGCAAGAACACCAGUGGAAGGCAAGCGCUCUCCCAUCGCUCAAAGGUCAUUGUUGAUUACGAGCUUACUCCAUACAUGAAAAACCUCUUUGAGCGUAUCUACAACUAUGUGAAGGGCUAUACUUUCUGGCAUAGCAAGGUCACCAAGCUCAACCGUGACAACGACAGACUCUUCCUGAAGGUGCGAGUCGACCCCAUCACCCGCGAGCUCGUUAAUGUUAUGCUGGAGACCCCCUACGAGCGCAUGGAGGUGGUGGACCUCGUUGUUCCCCAGCUUUACCUCCCCAAUAUCGCCAAAAGAACACUCCGCGAUAUUCGUUAUGAAGUGAACGAACCUGUGUGUGAGGUGAAAAAUACCAAAGUCAGGACCUUCGAUGACGUCAUUUUCCGCGCUCCUCUUACCAAGUGCUACUCGGUCAUCGCCAAGGAUUGCUCAGAAGAGCCUCGUUUUGUCGUCAUGAAGCUGAAGAUCAUCAACGAGCGCGAGCAGGUCAUUAUUGUCGAAAUAGUUGACAACAGACUCAAGGUCUCCAUUGACGACGAGAAGAUCAACAAGGAGGAACUGGAGAAAUAUAACAUCGAGAUGAUUGAAGACGACAUGGUCCGCGUAAGACUGGAGGACCUUAUGGUUCAUUUCGAUGGCUACAACGUCAAGGUCUACAUGGGCAAACACAUGACUGAGAGACAAUGCGGCCUCUGCGGGCACUUCGACGAGGAGAAAGACAACGAGUUUCUCACUCCAAGGAAGGAAUACACCGACGACAUCAUGGAAUUCCACCAUUCGUACAUCCUAAAGGACCAGUGCGAUGUUGAGAAGGAUCUUCCACGUGAGAAGAAGCACUACAGAAUGGAGAAGCGCGAGGAGAGUGAGGAGAACGACGAGGACUGGCUCGACUUCCUCGAGGGUGAUGACGAUCGCAACGGCAGAAAACGUACCUACAAAUACAAAAGCGAAGAUAGAAUGGAAGACAAAGACGAAGAAAUGCUGGAGAAGACCCACGUGAUCGAAUUCACUCACCGUGUCUGCUUCUCACUUGAACCAGUUCGCAUGUGCCGUAAGAACAAGGAAAUGGAUGAGGUGAUUGACAAGAAGGUUCGCUUCACUUGCCUCCCUCGCUCGUCUCGUGAAACACGCCAGCUUCUUCACAAAGUCCGCAACAACGUCCUCGACCUUAAGCACUAUCCCGUCUCAUUCGUCGACACCAUCCAGGUUCCCCAAACAUGUACUGUAUAUUGA